GUACAAGUUGUUUCUUAUAGACCCACCCCUGAGCAUUUUAGCACCUACAAUUCAUGAGGCUCCCAUUGUUUGAAAGAGACAGAAAAGAUGGAUGACAUAGAUGCCAUGUUCAGUCACCUGCUUGGAGAGAUGGAUCAUCUCUCUCAGAGUUUAAUGCCUGCAGCGGACACCGCAGAAGUGGACCCUGACUCGCAGGCAGAGAGAACCUUCUCCAUUGGUUUCACAGACCUAAAUGAGUCUCUUAAUGAACUAGAGGACAACGACCUGGAUGCUCUAGUGGCUGACCUUGGAUCAAAAUCAACCCCCUCAGAAGAGAGACUCCUCACAGAUCAACAGACCAGCAGCCGUACAGAAAAUCAAAUAGCAGCGUCAGCCUUGCCUCAGGAACCUAAGCCAGCAGCUUCUAUUCCUCCACAAUUGAACUCUGCUGAAUCCUCUGUAGGGCUGCAGAUGAGCGAACCCCAGACAAAGGCAGACAAAAUCAAACUGGCUCUGGAGAAGCUGAGAGAAGCCAAAGUGAGGAAGUUGAUCGUGAAGGUGCUGAUGAGUGACGGCAGCGGCAAGACACUGAUGGUGGAUGAGAGACAGACGGUCCGAGAGGUUUUGGACCAGCUUUUCGAGAAGACACACUGUGACUGCAGCAUCGACUGGAGCCUGUGUGAGACCAACCCUGAGCUGCAGAUUGAAAGAGGCUUUGAGGACCACGAACACUUAGUGGAGCCUCUGUCUGCGUGGACUCGCCUCAGUGAAAACAAAAUCUAUUUUGUGUCGAGACCUCAGAAGUAUGUGAUGUUUACAGAGCCUCAAGUAUUUUACAUGUGGAAAAAGAAGAAAGAAUGUUUGAGUGGGAUUAACGAGCAAGCCAAACAGAUCUUACUCAAGGAGCAUUUCGGAGGUUCCACUUUGAUUGUUCCUGAUCUUCAGGGCAUGCUGUACCUAAAGGAAGAUGGGAAAAAACUUUGGAAACCUCGCUACUUUGUGCUCAGAGCCUCGGGCAUCUACUAUGUACCUAAGGGAAAGACAAAGUCCUCCAGUGAUCUCGCCUGCUUUGUUCGCUUUGAAAAAGUCAACAUCUACACCACCAACAACUUCAAACAGAAAUACAGAGCUCCCUCUGACUUCUGCUUCAUGCUAAAGCAUCCCCGCAUCCAGAAAGAGUCGCACUACAUCAAGUUCCUGUGCUGCGACGAUGAGCACACACUGUUGCUCUGGGUCAACUCCAUCAGAAUAGCCAAGUAUGGGACUGUCCUGUAUGAGAACUACCAGGCCGCAAUAAAGAGAACCUCCAGUUUACAAACUCUCCACUUUGAUGCACACAAAGGCAAAUAUAACAGUCACGCCCCUCAGAUCAGGCCACAGCCGAGUCCAGCUCCACCCAAAACCACAAAUGUUGAAGACUAUCCACAUGAGCCACCACCUGACUUCAUCCCUCCUCCUCCUCCUGGACACACACACGUUUGAGACACAUCUUCGCAUCCUUCAGCUAGCCUGAAUUGAGCCAAUUUAGCACGCACACCAAUUUUGCACACACAUCAAACCUGGAGCCAAUAAUAUGUUUCAGUAAUGUACACACGUAGUAGUAAAGUAUAAACAAGUAGUGUUGCAUGCC